AUGGUGACUGAAGCGCUGGUAGGGAUAUUCUGCCAUGUGGGUAUUCCCAAGGAGGUGCUGAGCGACCGAGGCACUCAGUUUACGUCUGGCAUGAUGGACGAGACGUUUAGGCUUUUCUCCGUGAAGGGCCUUAACACGACGCCCUGGCAUCCCAUGUGUAACGUUCUGUGCGAAAGGUUCAACGGCACACUGAAGGAGAUGCUCAAGCGACUGGACGCCGAGCAACCCAAGGAAUGGCCGAGAUAUGUGGCUCCUCUCCUGUUCGCAUACAGGGAAGCACCGCAGAGCACACUGAAGUUCUCACCUUUCGAGCUACUCAACGGGAGAGCAGUGCGCGGUCCACUCCAAGUACUGAGAGAGCUAUGGGACGAGGACGUGCCUAGUCUGGAAGUAAGUACAACAUACGAGUACGUUAUGAACCUGGCUGGCAGACAUAGGGAAACCUGUCGUAUGGCCAAGGAAGAAGUCCUGAAGGCCCAGGAGGUACAAAAGGCGCAUUAUGAUCGGAAUGCGCGACUACGCACCCUGCAGGCUGGCCAGGAGUGCUCAGGUUGGCGCUCGGGAACCAGCAUAUGUCCUAUGGUCGUCGUACGCAAGAAAGGCGGUAGUGUUAGAAUCUGCGGCGACUUCCGAAUGGUUAACGUAGUAACACAAAUAGACGCAGAGCCUAUGUCCGACCAACAGGAGAUAUUUAGCAGGCUGUCGCACUCGAGGGUGUUCAGGAAAUAA